UAAUAUAUCCCUAUUUACCACCACAUACGAUGGCUCAAGCCAACAACGAUAUUUCUCUUCGUAUUAUAGAAGACGAAGAAGAAGAGAACCGAGCCUAUGCCACCCAAUUAUUAACCUCCCUUUCACUACCCAUGACUAUGCAGGCAGCCAUCGAUCUCAACGUAUUUGAGAUCAUAUCUAAGGCCGGUCAUGGCGUGAUGCUCUCCCCUUUAGAGAUUGUAUCUGAAAUCCCUUGUAAGAAUCCUAUUGCACACGUCAUGCUUGAACGAAUACUCAAGCUUCUCACUAGCUUCAAUGUUUUGACAACAACUACCACCAAUGGCGAGCCACGAUAUGGAUUGGCUCCUGUGGCGAAAUAUUUUGUGAAGAACGAAGAAGGAGUUUCCUUUGCACCAUUCAUGACAGCCUUUCAUGACAAGGUCAUGGUUGGAAGCUGGUAUCACUUGAAAAAAUCUGUGGUGGAAGGAGGGGUGUUGAUCCAAGGUACAAUGACGUGUUCAAUCGAGCCAUGUUGA